AUGGUAAAACUAAGGGUGGUAUUAUCUCUAAUAUUUUCAACCAAUCGGCUCCUCCAUAAUCAUUACGCUUUAGCAUUUGAAGACGAUGAAGGGAUCGUACGGAUCGGUUUAACAGGACGGCCUGGUGACUUCGAUCUCAACAGCUUACCACCACCAGAACUCGAUCAUGAGUUGAUCAACUCCGACCAGCUGAUAAAACAUAAUGAAUUAGCAACAAGCACCCGCCAAUCAAAUGCGCCUGAGGAUCUUCCUCAACAAUUCAUCACUCCAAGACCCCACACACCUCAAGACUUUCAGAACCAAAACAUACCAAGCACCUCGACCUCUGGGGUAGCUAAUAAAUUGCCCACUCCGCCCAAAACAAAACCUCGGCUGAAUGACGCUGAGCUUCAGAGGGCCUCCAAAGAAACUCGGACCAAGAUUUUGAACCUACUGCGAAGUGCUCCAGCAAUCGAACGAGAGAAAAUAUUGCGGAACGCUGUGCAAAGCUCGCUAGAUCCACGGUUCAAUUCAGGAUUAAAAAGAGGGGGUCAAGAUUACCAAGUUGAUUCGGGAAAGAAGCUUCAUCAAGACGUUGAUUAUCGAAACGACCCGAGAUUCAGGAUCAGAAAUUUGCAAGAUGAUAAACCAAUUCCUUUACCAUCAGCUGCUUCAAUCUUUUACGCUGAUAGAAUGCUUGGCAAGAUCUCCACUUGGUUAAGAUUUGAUACGGUUCACAAAUACCAUUCAUGGAAAAGUAUAUGGACCAGGCAGACGAUACUUCCGUUUGUUUAUCAUAUCAUGAUCUGCAAUCCAUCAUACUAUAUGUGGGAGCGGAUUGAGAAGAUCACCAUCAGAUUAUUGAAGACCUAUCAUCUCCAUUACAUUCAUGGAAAACCGGACUAUGAUAGGGAAGCUCUUACUCGAUUUCUUUUAUGGCACACUAAGAUUAUGUCACAUGUUGCAAGUUUGUCAGAUCUCAUUGAACUACCAGCAAGAUCUUUAGGUCAAAACCUGGAGCUACCAAGAGCCAGAGUAUCACCUGUCCCGCGUAUCAUCAUCUCACUUCUCGGAACCUCAGAAUAUGAGUUAUAUACCUCAGUAUCUUAUCGUAGAUUCAGAAAUGAUCAUUUGAUCAGAUAUAUAGACAAAGCUUGGAAGGAAGAUGUAGAAAAACAUUACCCAGGAGGGAUGGAUAAAUCUGAUUCCCAAAGCUCGGUAUGGGUUAAAUGGAACUCAAAGUCGGAGCAAAUUUAUCAAAACACCCAUACGUUCAAAUGGCCAGUGAUAUCAAAUGAACAAUUUUUCAAAUACAAGAACCUACCUGUACUUUUAGUGAGAGAAGAGACAGCAUUACGUAAUUAUCUAGAAGGAUCAAAUCUUAAUGACUUUGUUACUUAUCACUCUAAAGAUUUUCUUGAAAUGUUAAAACAUAUUCAGAACCCAAAGAAACCAGCACUGAGAACAAAAAUCGAUGAACUGGAUAUGUAUUAUGGUUUGAAUUACUUUUUAAAUUCAUAUCAGGACCACUCUGAAGAAGAAAAGAUUUCAGCAACAAAACACUAUUCAUUGGAUUUGUUGGCAGAAUUUUUAAACCAAGAUCCAGAGAGCGAGGAAUUUCAACGAUUUUGGACAUGGUACGAAGGAUAUAAACAACACCGCUUGAUCAAUAACGGCCAAAAGAAGAAAUCCAUAGCAUUAAAGAAACAAAUGGAACAAAUGGAACAAUCCAGCAAGAAGAGAGUUUCAAGAGAAAAAGCAACACCAGAAGAGGAUCAACCCCAGAAAAAGAGAUCUCUGUGUCCUCAUGCUAAAAUCAAUUGGUUGGCAUCACUUGCUAUUGAAGGACCUGUUCAUCUACAUCCCGUGAUGCAAGGCAUAUCAAAAGAGCUCGGCAGAAGCACUGAUACAGCCAGGGUGAUUUGGAUCAUCUCGGCUAUUGUUGAUCGAAUAGCCAUAUUGGUACUAUGGUUUGCAAUGCCAGGCUGUGAGAAAAAAAUCAGUUUGACAAUUGACCAUAUGGAUCCUAAUCACCACUUAUCCAAUAUGAGAGGGAUCAACAUCACGUCUCUGGAUAUGGCUCAGGACCAUAGGAUAAACAAGGUUGCAAACAUACAUGUAUGA